AUGGCGCCCAGCAGCCUUCUCUGCGCGCAGUGCGCCUGCUACGUCCUGGCCUUCCUGUUCAGCUUCGCGGUGGUGGUGCCGCUGUCCGAGAACGGCCGCGACUUUCGCGGCCGCUGCCUGCUGUUCACCGAGGGCAUGUGGCUGAGCGCCAACCUGACGGUGCACGAGCGCGAGCGCUUCACCGUGCAGGAGUGGGGCCCCCCGGCCGCCUGCCGCUUCGGGCUGCUGGCCGGCCUGCUCUCGCUGCUGCUGGCCGCCGCGCACGCCUGGCGCGCGCUCUUCCUCCUCUGCAAGGGACACGAGAGCUCCUUCUUCCACGCCUUCCUGAGCCUGCUGGUCAGCGCCUGCGUGGUCUUCCUGGUCUUCAUCGCCGGCACCAUCGUGAGCGUGGGCUUCACCAUGUGGUGCGACACUGUCACCGAGAAGGGCACUGUGCCCCACAGCUGCGAGGAGCUCCAGGACAUCGACUUGGAGCUGGACGUGGACAACUCUGCCUUCUACGACCAGUUUGCGAUUGCCCAGUUCGGCCUCUGGGCCGCCUGGCUGGCGUGGCUGGCCGUCACCACGCUGGCCUUCCUGAAGGUCUACCACAACUACCGCCAGGAGGACCUGCUGGACAGCCUAGUGCACGAGAAGGAGCUGCUGCUGGCCAGGCCGUCCCCGCGCGCGGCCUUCCAGGAGGAGAAGAGUGCCGUCAUCUAGGUGCAGCGGGACAGGGAGCCGGGCCCAGGCCCCCGCUGCGCCCAGAGCCACAGGCCAGUCCCAGGGAGCGGCUGGGGGCUCGGCCUGGGCCCCACCGGCCACGCGCAGCUCGGCACAUGCUCCCUCGCGCUGUG